AUUAUAUCAGGCCGAGUACACCGUUUCAUAUCGUGACCGGAGACAAGUUAGUCAUUUUGUAAAGACUAUUUAUUCCCUUGAAUUAUAUGUCUGCUUAGAUUUCAUGAAAUUUAGAACCGAUGGUUUGGACGGUGAUGGAAUAAUUAGUACAGAAGACACAAUAAUACGCAUAAACCAACAACUGAAUGCAAAUGGAUAUCCUUCUCCUUUGAACUUUUUUGACGAGGAAAUGAAUGAUCAACAUAGGAGACUACAAAGCGAUCAUGACUUACUUCUAACAAGCAUGAAAAACUUAAGGGCAAGAACAGAAUUAAGUGAACGAGAAGUAGAUGCAUUAAGAGCGAAAUUACUAUGGAUGGAAGAAGACUUGAGCAAAGAGUCCGAAAGACAUCGAUUAACAAAGGAUGAACUGACCAAAACAAAAACUCAAUUGAUUUAUACUAAGACACAAGCUUCGCAUGAGAUCAGGAAGAAAGAAAAUGAAUAUAAUAGGUUUAAAGAACAGAUGCAAAAAUUAUUAAGUUCAAAAUACAACGCAGCAAACUGUGGUCCGGAUGACGUAAAUCCUCCUCGGAAGUCAACAAUGCGGCGUACAAAUGAUGUUCUAUCAAAUACGCAAGUGAAUGCUGGUAGUUUAAAUUAUGGAAGAUCUAAUAGAGAAAGGAACGAAGAAAUACGAAGACAAGAAUUAGAAAUCGAGUCGCUUAGGAACAGGCUUGAAGAAACAUCAAACUUGUUGGAUAGAAUGCAACAAUCCAAGGAUGAAGAAAUAAGACAGAAAGCAAAUGAAAUUGAACAACUCGCGAGUCGACUCGAGGAGGCAUCAAACUUGUUGGAUAGAAUGCAACAAUCCAAGGAUGAAGAAAUAAGACAGAAAACAAAUGAAAUUGAACAUUUCGCGAGUCGACUCGAGGAGGCAUCAAACUUGUUGGAUAGAAUACAACAAUCCAAGGAUGAAGAAAUAAGGCAGAAAACAAAUGAAAUUGAACAACUCGCGAGUCGACUCGAUGAAACGUCAGGUCUUAUAAGACAGAAGGAUUGUGAAAUUAAGCAGUUUACUAGUAAACUUGAUGAAUCGUUAAGCUUUAUAAGGCAAAAGGAUUGUGAGAUUAAGCAGCUUAUCAACAAAAUUGAUGAAUUGUCAAGCCUUAUAAGGCAGAAAGAUUGCGAAACUAAACAGCUUACCAAUAAACUUGAUGAAACGUCAAGCCUUUUAGAUAAAGUACAGCACUCGAAGGAUGAGGAAACAAGAAAGAGGGAUUACAAAAUAGAAAAACUUACAAGCAAACUUGAGGAGGUAUCAAAUGUGCUGAAUGAAAUGAAACAGUUAAAGGACGAAGAGAUAAAAAGAAAAGAUUGUGAGAUCGAGCAGCUUGUGAAUCGACUUGAGGAAGCAUCGAACCUGCUGGCUAAAAUGCAGCAGGUGAAGGAAAAACAAUUAAAGAAGAAAGAGUUCGAAAUUGUGCAACUUGUGCAUCGACUUGGAGGCAAUCGCGCCAUAUUCCAAGUAAAACUUGAUUCUAUCCGACGUACACUCACUCGUCUAGAAGUUUAA